GUCAAGAAAGAACGAGCACAUUACCCAAAGCGGCCUCACCUCACUAGUCUCACUCUUUCUUCUGCUCGAGUUGAAAAGUUGCCAACAACUCUCAGUUGUAGAGUUGCCGUUGUAAGGUUUGUGUGGCGCUCACCGCUACGCUAGUCGUCUUUGAUCGUUCGAAAGUGUUGCUGGUGAAAUCGUGAUUAUUGCUAGAAUUCUCGCAUAAUUUUUGUUUUGUUUUGAGGUGGAAACGAUUGCGGCGAUUUUCUUGGUAACAUAGCCUACUAAAGCCAAGAAGAUAUGAUUCGUUGUUCAGUGUAACAUAUCCCCACAAAGCAGCACAGAAAUUAAUACAGAAAACUUGCCAUUGAAACUUUCAGGUUCACUUGACAAAAGCAGUCUAUAAUUGCUUGGAAUAGUAAAGCCUGCAUAGAAGCCCAGCAAUGAGUUACCCAGCCCCGUAUCCUGGAGAAUACCAGCACCCUGGCCCUUAUCCUCCGGGAGAUGGGCAGUAUCCUCCACCAGGGCAAUAUCCUCCCCCUGGACAGUAUCCUGCCCCAGGAGCCCCUUAUCCUGCUCCAGGAGCUCCUUAUCCUGCCCCUGGAGCUCCUUAUCCUGCCCCUGGAGCGCCUUAUCCUGCCCCUGGAGCGCCUUAUCCUGCACCUGGCCAGUAUCCUGCCCCUGGCCAAUAUCCUCCCCCUGGAGCACCUGGACAAUAUCCUCCCCCUGGAGCGCCUGGACAGUAUCCUCCCCCUGGAGCGCCUGGCCAGUAUCCACCUCCAAAUCAGUAUCCACAGCCAGGAUAUGAAGGGCCAGCUCCAGAUUACUCACCUGGUCAAUUCCCGCCACCUGGUCAACAGGUUGUACAACCAGGUGAAUGGAUGCCACCACCUGUUGUUCAGAACUGUCCCAUGGGUUUAGAGUAUCUUACACAUAUUGAUCAGUUGCUAGUGAAACAGCAGGUGGAGGUGCUAGAAGCAAUCACUGGCUUUGAGACUGCUAAUAAAUACAAGAUACAGAAUAGUAUGGGGCAGCAAGUGUAUUUUGCUGCUGAAGACACAGAUUGCUGCACACGUCAGUGUUGUGGGCCCCAGCGACCAUUUGACAUGAAGAUAAUGGACAAUACAAUGACAGAGGUUAUUCACCUCAACAGACCACUGGCCUGCUCAUCGUGUUUCUUCCCAUGCUGUCUACAGUCAGUUGAAGUGACGUCACCUCCUGGAACAGUUAUUGGGUCCAUCCAUCAGGAGUGGAGUAUCUGCGCACCAAAAUUUACUGUUCGUAAUGCUUCCGAUGAUGUUAUUCUAAGGAUUGAAGGGCCUGUUUGCACAUGGAGUAUUUGUGGAGAUGUUGAAUUUCAGGUUCUAUCUGCUGAUGGAUCAACGCAAGUGGGCAAAAUUAGUAAACAGUGGGUUGGAAUUGUGAAAGAAGCUUUCACUGAUGCUGAUAAUUUUGGGAUUUCAUUUCCAGUAGAUUUGGAUGUAAAGAUGAAGGCUACACUACUUGGAGCAGUUUUUCUUAUUGAUUUUAUGUUCUUCGAGAAGCAAAGCAAUAAGGAAAAUGAUGCUCCUGGAUUAUUUUAGAAUAUGCCUGCAAACCAGCACAGUUCAUUACAACUGGCCUUAUAAGAAUGGUGAAAAUAUAUGUAUGUUGUAUAUUCUAUAUUUAUAGACAGCAGUAGAACUGUAUGUUUGAAAUUUUAUUCUUUAUCUUAAUAUGUAAUCAUAGUUUUAUUCAGCAUGGAUGUCCAUUGUGAUUUUUUUAAGUGCUAUUUUAUACUUUGUGAUAACUCUAGUUUCUAGAGAGAGUAAGUCACCUGUGCCUCAUUAUUAAGUCUGCCAUUAAGGUAUAUUUUGUCCAGACAAAAACACCGGUGCUUUCUCAAAAGAUUAAAAGUUCACUUAAACUAAAAAUAUUAGUCUAAAAUUAUAAAGCUAUUAUUUUUUUAUGAUACUUGCAACAAUUGAGUACCAAAAUUAAUGUUAAUAAAUUUUUUAUUUGUAGGUUUACUACAGGUGAAUUUGCCUAAUAUUUUAAUUUAAAAAAAAGUUUUGUGAUUGUACCUGUAAUACAUAUAGACUACAAUAUCAUAUACAAGCAUGAAAAUCCAGAUAUGAAAGUUGAUAUGUAAUGCUUAGCACAGAUUUAAAAUUUUAAUGUACUUCAAAAUGUUUUCAUUAUUACCUUUAUAGAAAAAUUUAACAUUUUCCCUAUAUAGUUGAGAGUUGGAAAAACCAUACAAAAUAAAUGUAUAUAAUUGCUGUGACAAAUACAUCAGGGAGAUAUCCAGACUGCUUUGUAGAUGGAAUGCAAUAUAAAAAUCACACCACUACCACAUCAGACGAAGGUAAUUAAACAAUUUUGCUGAACUUCACUGUAUAUCAACUUCAAAACACUAGGUCCUUAGUUAAAAAGCCACUAUAAUGUAACUACAGUCCAUAAUUUUUUUCAAGAGGCACUAUACUUGGGAUAUCCCGUCAAUUCAUUCAUAGCAUUCAAGUACUAUAUUAUUUUCUAAUGGUAUUAGUCAAACACACACUUGAUGCAGAGUACAUUAUUUUGGUGUUUAAAAUAAGCAUAUACACCCUGAAGAUUUUAUUCAACUUGAAUAUCCAUGAUCUGUAAUUAUGAAACAUAAUUAGUGUACAAAUUCCAAAAGAGAAAAACAAAUAAUUGCAAGCAUACAUAUCAGGUAAUAUGUUAACACAAAAUUGUUGUCCUUAGUACAGGUUUGUGGUAUUUACUUGUCAAAUGCCUCAGUGGCACUUGCUCACCAUCACCAAUAGUUAUAAACUAGGUCCAUUUUCAUUGUCAAGAUUUUCUUGAAUAAAUGGGUAAUUGUUCAAAACAGACUACAACUAUUCAUGUACAUUUCUCUACAGGGUAAACAUGGUGACAUCUGAAAAGGUUGGAAACAAAUCACAUUCUGGAGCAAGCUGAUUUACUCCCAUCAGGAAUAUGAGUUAUUUAGGAUUUACUUCCAGUAGUUCAACUUCAGCAACUGAUAUAUAUUUACUUGCAUGAAUCUGAUAAUGUGGGACAGGCCCAGGAAUAGAUAUCUAGCUGGGCAAUGAAUGGCCACAGGAAAAUCAAUGGUACUUAGUCUUUCUUGACAUAAUGGCAUUCGCAACAGAGCAGAGAUCUUACUGAAUUAGGUAGGAGUGUCCCAUAUUGAGAUUUGUGAUUAUUGGAUGCCAAGGUGAGCAAAUGUAUUUGCAGAUUUUGUCAUUGUAACAUUUGCAUUGUCCAUACUCCUGAUAAUGGUAAAGUGGUGUUUGUUCAAAUGCCAACAAAGUUUGUUUGGACAGGAAUGCUUGAUCAUGAUUAAGGGUAUGAGUGGCAUGUAAUUUUGGUGAAAUUGGCUCAAAUUCAUGAAAAUGAGUUAUCGUCAUAUUUCCAUACAUCUGGGUCCCGGCCGUUGCCACACGUAAGGUAAUAUCAAUACGAAGCUUUUUAAAUGGUUUAAAGGCCAAUUUAAAGGCCACAUCCAAGUAGAGAAUUAAAGGUCUGGUUAGGGGUGGUUUUACUAUUUCAUUUUCCAUUCAUUCUUUAAGUAUUUGAGUUUCUUUUCAUUGCAUUUUGUUUCGUAUGCCGUACAAUAUGUUUUCAUGAUAGAGAUGGCAACUCUUCCCAUGACUGAAUAACGUGAUCCACUUGUCUCGAGAGAGAAUUCUUGUAUUUUUUUAUGCAAUCGUGUAUUUGUUAUUUUCAAUCAAUUGCAACACUUCCUCAGACUUUUAGACAUCAAUUGCGUAUUAUAUAUACUACUAACAUGCCAAAAAAGAAGUUUAGUAAACGAAGGGAAGCAAGCUCUCAUAAUAUCAAAACUUAUCUUGAAACUAAAAGUAUAGAAAGCUAAUGUAGCUUCUCACAUGUCACCACUAACCAUGAGUGCUGGGGAGAUGCCAAAUACUUCCUAUUACGAAGCUCCGAGGGAAUUCUAUUAUUCCCUUGCACAAAUAUAUCAAGAUGAUGAUGAUGAUGAUGGCACCGACAACUUUGUUUUGAAGUUAUCUGAUGAUGAGGAGGGGGAGGAGAAAGAGAAUGAGCAUUUUCAAGAUGUAAUUGCUGUCCCUGACGUAGCAGGUGAUGUCAGUGUUUUAUCAGGAGCCAACCUAAGGAGUUUUUUUAUUGAGAAGUUAUAUGACUGAAAAAGAAGACGUUCUGAGUGUAAGCAAUGAUUGAGAAAUAGUUUCAUUACCCUUGAGAGCUCUAAAUGAAGCUUUUAGUUAGACGUAUUGCGGGCAGUGUGACAGCAAUAUAACACUUGAAAUUGAUAAAAACCGUUUUGAUGUUGACUUGAAACUAAAGUGUAAGUGUGAGGUGCCAUCUGUUUUUCAAUAUACCAAAGUGCAAGCUAAUGAAAGUGUGAAAACAGAACAUAUCGGUGAAACAACAGCUUCAUUUAUAUAUCGAAACAUGUUGCUGCAAUGGAACAUAAUAUCGGCUAUGCACCAAGUUCAUUGCUGCCUAUUAUGAGAAAAACAACAGGAGAAAGCCUGAAAGACCUUCAGAUGAAAGAGAAGACCAGGAAACGAAGGUCUGCUAUGCAUUCAAGAAAGCAAAAGAAGCAAAGAACAUAAAAAGGAGGAUAUGAAGGAGGGCCUCAUUAGCAUUCUAAAAACUUGGCAGCACAAGAGUAGAGUGGCGUUCUAUGAUAACCCCCCAAAAAUAAUAUAAACUAUUUUCUUUAAGUGAUAAAUGUUUUGUUUUUUAGAGGAAAUAUCUCUUAUAAAAAAGAAGGAAACAGACGCCGUGUAGGCUUUUUCAAGAAACUUUAUAUGCUUCUGAAAGCAAAAUAAAUGGUUAGCUAACUUUAA